AUUUGUAUGUGUGAUUAUGACUGUUUGAUCCAGGUAAAAGCAGCAGUAGACGUCGAUACAGCUCCGCGGACGGAGAUAUAUUCCGUCGGCCGAUCAUUUUUUGGCGCCACACCGGUGUGGGGCAGCAGUGGGACUUUCUGCUUUCUUCCAACCGUGAUUCAGCCAGUAGAAGAAGACGGUUACUGGGAGAUUUAAGGCAUCAUGGCGAGCCAGCGGCCUCCCUCCAGCAUGGGCCGCCCAGGGAGCCGCAGUGGGUCUGUGCUCCCAGGCGCCGGCAGACCCCCAACAGCCAUCAGACCUCCCCCUACAGCGAUUCGUGUUGCAACUGGGAUGGUUCCAGGUACAAGCGGACACCCUGGUAUGAGGGGUGGGAUCCCCACCCCUGGAGUCCUCUCAGCACCAAUCAAAGUGACCGACAGACCUGUGACCCAACAGGGUCUCAGUGGGAUGAAGACUGGCAUGAAAGGUCCUCAGAGACAGAUUCUGGAUAAGUCCUACUAUUUGGGCCUUCUGAGGAGUAAGAUCAACGAGUUAACCACAGAGACCAGCAAACUGCACAAAGAGAUCGACAACUACAACCAGGAGAACUCUGUUUAUCUCUCCUAUGAGAAGAGAGCUGAAGGCCUGGCUGUAGAGAUUAAGGAUCUACAGGGGCAGCUGGCUGACUACAACAUGCUGGUGGACAAGCUCAACACCAACACAGAGAUGGAGGAAAUGAUCAAUGACUACAACAUUGUGAAAGACCAAAAUAACAGCGAGGCUGAAGGCAUUGAUAGCAUCUUCACUGAGAGGAGAGAGAGAGAGGAGGCCAUUAGGGCAAUAGAGGAAGAGAUCAGGAGGGAGAGACGCGUCGCUGAUGAGGUCAUCCAGGCCAUGCCAGCUGCAAAGCAGGACAAGUAUUUCACCAUGACAAGAGCCAAUGAGGAACUGCUACAGGAGCUAGCUGUUCUCCAGGAGGAGCUGGACGUGCUGAUAACCAGGAAGGAGGAUUAUGAAGCAGAGCUGGCCCACUCACACAUAAAGCAGGAAGUGGUUCGGCUUCAUGGGACUCUGUCUGAGCUGGAGGCCAAGCGGGAAGCCAAGGAGGCUGAGCACAAGAGCCUGGGCUCCCCACAGGAGGAGAGAGAUAAAUUACUUAAACAGGUGAAGGAGGAUAACCAGGAAAUCGCCAGCAUGGAGAGACAACUCUCAGAGAUCAGGGACAGGACCGCACAAAUCACAGAGGAGAUCCGUCAGCUGGAGCAGGACUCAGAGGAGGCACAGGGGGAAUGUCAGCAGAAAUACAAGGAGCUGAAGAAGAAAGAGGAGGAAAUUGACCGGUACCUGGAGUCUUUCCAGGAGUCCAGAACUCAAGAGCAGGAGAAGAUGACACAGAGCCAGGAGAACAUCGUCUCCCUCCUGGAACACUGCAGCAGGAACAUGCUGCGGUUACGUCAGGUGGAUACAGUAACUGCUAGUGAGCUGAGGAACAUGCAGGAAGUGCUGGUCAGCAAGGAGACGGAGGUGGUCCAAUCAGAGAGCACCGCCAGGGGACUGACAACUGAGUCCCAGCGCCUGCAGCAGGACCUGGAGAAGGUGCAGCAGCUGGAGGGGAAGAUCACAGGUGAGCUGAGCAGCCUGAAGGAGCGGGUCAGCACCAUGGAGUCUGAGCUGACCACCUACAGAGACCUGGACACGCUGAGGCACACAGCGGAGGAGAAGAAGAAGAGACUGCAGGAGGAGCGUGUGUCACUGACUCAGCGUCAGGAUUCAUUCAAACAGCUGCUGGAAGAAAUGAACCAGAAAUAUGAAGCUCUGAAGACCAAACUGCAGGAAAAUGAGACUCACGCUCAGCUGGCUAACCUUGAGAGGAAAUGGCAGCACCUGGAGCAGAACAACUUUGUGAUGAAAGAAUUUAUUGCUUCUAAACUUCAGGAGAGCGACUACGACUCAGUCGCCAACAACGUCUACCAGCAAGUGGCCGAGUACAACAAGAGUCUCAUAGACUCCGUACAGAACAACAGGAGUUAAACACACAGUGAAGAAAAUGUUCUGCUGAAGACAUUCACAGACCAACAUCAGGUGUCUGUGUUACCACUCAGUUAUCAACACAUUUCAGUUAAUGGUCGUGAUGAUAACGCUCCUUCGUCUCUGGACAAAGCACUUGUACUUAAUUGUGUCUCUGUCUCAUUGUUUUCACUCUGAACAAAAAGACUCAUUAGUUGUAUCAGAAACUUCAAACUUCUUAUGAAGUUUUUCUGUCCAGACACAAGAUCGUGUGUUUUGCCAGUUGAGUACUUUUCAGGUUGUGAUGAGCGUGGCACUUCUCACAGAUGGACUUAGAGGAGAGUGACCUACAUUUAUCUAUUUAGUCAAAUAUUAUAAGUAUGUAUCUGCUAUAUUUUGUAUUAGAAUGUCUGGGAGAUUCUUCUGCAUCCAGUGUAGAUUCCUAUGAAUGUAGUUUUAAGGGGUCUGGUGUUUUUAAUAAAGAGAAGAGAAAAAUUCAAAUGUUG